AUGUCGAGAGCUUCACAAUAUCACGAGAUUGGCUCACCAGCGCAACCCCUCACCAGCCACCACGCAGUGCGAAGCUCGUCAAGAUUUCUUGCUUCAGUGUCGUCGCAUAUGGCACUCAUUGGGUUCCUGGUGCUUCCCCUCGCAUUCGGAGACGAGGAGAAAUCCGCCAAUGUCAACAAGACAGCCACCGUCAUCGUCGCAUCCAUUCUAAUCGGAGUCGCAUACUCUGCCUCACUCUUCUUGGUUCUAUGUUAUUACGACGAGCGAACGUUCCUGAUUCAUUCAUUACUCGUACCUGGAUUAAUAUCAAAUGUGCUCGCUCUGUUCAACGUCCUCCUUAAUAUUCUCUGCCGAGAAUUUAUGCCCAUGGGCCUUCUCGAGAUUCUAAGUCUGAGCUUCUCCGCCGCAUUUGCGUUCCUGUAUGCACUGGGGGCGCUCUGGCUGUACUCGCGCGACGUCAACGCUAUCGCCAUGGACUCGAACCGUGGUACUAUUCUGUUAACGGAUGAGGAAAUGCAGCGGCAGCAGCUUCAGCGUCUCCUAGACCAAAACUCCUCUAGAAAGUCGUUGACCCCAAAGGCAGCGCAAAAGACCUUCCGAGUCAAUCAUCCCGGUCGUUUGAGUUCAUUCCCUCCCCCCAGGCAUGAAGAUGGAUACUAUAGUUGA